AUGGCUGCUACUGCUCAGGACCACCUUGAUGUAGGCGGAAAGAUCGCCUGGCUCUCCAGCCUCGACACUGCCUACCAGCCCGAGAAGAACUACCGCCGCUCUUCCAUCAUCUGCACCAUCGGUCCCAAGACCAACUCUGUUGAGGCCAUCAACGCUCUGCGCAAGUCCGGUCUGAACGUCGUGCGCAUGAACUUCUCCCACGGCAGCUACGAGUACCACCAGUCCGUCAUUGACAAUGCCCGCGCCGCCGAGAAGGCCCAGCCCGGCCGUCAGGUCGCCAUCGCCCUCGACACCAAGGGCCCCGAGAUCCGCACCGGCAACACCAAGGACGACGCUGAUAUCCCCAUCUCCGCCGGCAAGAUCAUGAACUUCACCACCGACGACCAAUACGCCACUGCUUGCGAUACUGAGAACAUGUACGUUGACUACAAGAACAUCACCAAGGUCAUCGAGCCCGGCCGUAUCAUCUACGUUGACGACGGUGUCCUGGCUUUUGAUGUCAUCAAGGUCGUCGAUGACAAGACCGUCCAGGUCCGCGCCCGCAACAACGGCUUCAUUUCCUCCAAGAAGGGUGUCAACCUGCCCAACACCGAUGUCGAUCUUCCCGCUCUCUCCGAGAAGGACAAGAACGACCUGAGGUUUGGUGUCAAGAAUAACGUCGACAUGGUCUUCGCCUCAUUUAUCCGCCGCGGCCAGGACAUCACGGACAUUCGUGACGUCCUUGGCGAGGAGGGCAAGCACAUCCAGAUCAUUGCCAAGAUCGAGAACCGUCAGGGUCUCAACAACUUCGAGGAGAUUCUCCAGGAGACCGACGGUGUCAUGGUCGCCCGUGGCGAUCUCGGUAUUGAGAUCCCCGCCGCCGAGGUCUUCGCCGCCCAGAAGAAGAUGAUUGCUCUGUGCAACAGGGCCGGCAAGCCCGUCAUCUGCGCCACCCAGAUGCUCGAGUCCAUGAUCAAGAACCCUCGCCCUACCCGUGCCGAGAUUAGCGAUGUUGGCAACGCCAUCACUGACGGUGCCGACUGCGUCAUGUUGUCUGGCGAGACCGCCAAGGGUAGCUACCCUAACGAAGCCGUUUCCGAGAUGCACGAGGCCUGCCUCAAGGCGGAGAACACGAUCCCCUACGUUUCGCACUUCGAGGAGAUGUGCACUCUGGUCAAGCGUCCCGUCAGCGUCGUCGAGUCUUGCGCCAUGGCUGCUGUCAGGACUUCUCUCGACCUGAAUGCCGGUGGUAUCAUCGUCCUGUCCACCUCUGGUGACUCCGCUCGCCUUCUCUCCAAGUACCGCCCUGUCUGCCCCAUCUUCAUGGUCACAAGAAACCCCUCUGCUUCCCGCUACGCUCACUUGUACCGGGGCGUUUACCCCUUCCUGUUCCCCGAGGCCAAGCCUGACUUCAGCAAGGUCAACUGGCAGGAGGAUGUCGACCGCCGCAUUAAGUGGGCUGUCGAGAACGCUCUGGAGCUCAACAUCGUCAGCAAGGGCGACACCGUUGUCGUUGUUCAGGGCUGGAAGGGCGGCAUGGGCAACACCAACACCAUCCGUAUUGUCAAGGCCGACCCUGAGCACCUGGGUCUCGGUAUGUUGAACUAA